CUCGGAUUCCCUGAGCGCCAAACCAAAGGUGUUGGCCCUUGGUGUGCUGAUUUCCGCCAUGGUGAUGGCAUUUCGGUGGCUACGCCAUGGGAAGGCCAGCUUGACCACCCAGUGUGCUGCCAGCGACAUCAUGGCAAAGCUGAAAACGAUGGACACAUGUGCUUUGUGCGAUGCCAGCGACAAGAAAGCUCGCGUGAUUACCACGGUCCGCCCGUUGAAGCCAGGUUACCGCAUGGUGGGCGUGGCGCGGACCGUUGCGGUGGACGGUGACUUCUUGGGAGUUCUGACCUCGCUGCGCGAGUCUGGGCCCGGAGAGAUCAUCAUGAUCGACGCUGGCAUGCGAGGGGAACCAGGUGACGCCCAUUGGCCCCGUGCGGGCGGCCUCUUCGGGGAGCUGUUGGCCAGCGAGGCCUGGCGCCGAGGCCUCGGAGGCCUGGUGAUCGACGGCAACUGCCGGGACACGCCCUUGCUGCGGCAGAUGUCGCUUCCCAUCUACCAUCGCGGUCAGCAUCCCAACGCCGGAACCGCCAAAAAACCAGGAAGGUCGCAGGUGGAAAUUCAGAUGGGCUCGGUCACCGUGAAGCCUGGUGACUUUGUCUUGGGCGACGACGACGGGGUGGUUGUGUGUUCCCCAGAGGAGCUGGAGAUGUGGCUCCCAAAAGCCUUGGAGACACAGAGCCUGGGAUUGGCAGGUUGUUCCACCUGGCUUUGAGCGGCGACAAUGCAUCAGCCCAAAUGAAUGAACUGCUACAAGGAGAGUGGAGGAAAACAUUCUGGCCCACAUCCAGUCGGGCGGCAGCCUUUUUGAAAAGCUGAAAAACCUGGAGGAGCAUUUGGAGGAUCUGCGGCAGGGCAAGCCAUCGUCGUUGAAGUUCCGCUCACCUGAGGAGUGAUGGAUCCCAAUCCGCUUGCUUUAAAAA